AUGCCUCUGCCGAGACGUCGAUCCUCCUUCCUGGGCCAGUCGGCGGCCCCUCCCCUGCCGGAGCGGGCAGCGGGCGGCAUCACCGCCGCCGCCACCGCCGCCCCGCGCGGCGUGUUCGUGGGCACCGUGCCCGCCCCCCUGGGCGCCGGCCUGAGCGGCCUGGGCGCGCGGGUGUCGCGGCGGGCGCUGGGCAUCAGCAGCGUCUUCAUGCAGGGCAUGCGCAGCUCGGCCGCGCCCGUCCCGCCGCAGCAGGGCGGGCGCGGGCAGCGCCACCCGGCCUUCGAGAGCCUGAACGGCUGCCUGCUGGAGUACAGGGACAAGGUGCGCGCCCUGGAGCAGCUCAACCAGCAGCUGGAGGAGCAGAUACGCCGCUGCCUGGACCGCAAGGCCUCCAGCGCCGGGAACUGGGGCGCCCUGCGCCAGGACUGGGAGGACAUCUACCGGCAGGUGAGCGAGGCCAUCCUGGACAAUGCCCGGCUCAUGCUCCAGACAGAGAACGUCCAGGCCAGUGCCGAGGACUUCAAGGACAGAUAUGAGAAUGAGCAGCCCUUCCGUAAGGCUGUGGAGGAGGAGAUCAACUCUCUGUACAAGGUGAUCGAUGAUGCCAAUCUGACCAAGACUGAACUGGAGAGUCAGAUUGAUAGCAUGAAGGCGGAGCUGGGGGACCUGGAUAGGGCCUAUGAAGAGGAAGUGAGAGCUCUGUACAAGCAGCUGGCUGGCCCGCAGGAAAAUGAGCCGGGCGCCCCCAUCGAGACCAGCCUGGACCAGAUCCUGGGCUACAUCCGCUCCCACUGGGAGAGAGCCAUCGAGAGGAACCGGGCUGAGACCGACGCCUACCUCGAGCUCAAGCAGACGGACAGUCCGACCACCAAGCUGACCCGUGAGGAGGAGGAGAUAGAGGGCCUGAAGAGCGAGUGCAACGACUCCGGCUGCAAGAUCCAGAGCCUGCAGGCCGAGACCGAGUCCCUCAGAGCUCUGAAACGCGGCCUGGAGAACUCCCUGAGCGACGCCCGGCACUGGCACGCCAUCGAGCUGCAGAACCUGGGCUCCGUCAUCGGCAAGCUGGAGGCGGAGCUCGGCGACAUCCGCGGCGACGUCGAGCAGCAGCGCCGCGACUACGAGACGCUGCUCGGCAACAAGGUGCGGCUGGAGCUGGAGAUCGGGACCUACCACGGCAUUCUGGACGGGGAGGAGAGCAGACAGCAGCCCUCGAUGUGGUCAGGAGGUCCAGAGGAGGGUGAGGUUCUGUCAGAACCCGCACCCUCAGACCCAAAUAGUGCUCCACAGCCUGAAGAAGGAUCCAAUCCACCGGGUAACCUACAGGAGAACUAACGAAAAAAACCCACCACGGCCUGACCUCUCACGGCACUUUGACCUGCGGAAUACGACCGACUCUCUCUCUCUCUCUCGCUCUGGAAAAGAUCUUCAGUUGGCAAGGCUGUGCUCCUGUUUAGACUUUGAGAAGAUUUAAUUUGGCCUGUCCCC